AUGGCGUGCGGGAAAACUUACCUCACAAUAUUUCUCUUGUUUCUUUUGACAGUUUUACUUGAAGUGACCGGCUGUUCUAUUGGAUCUGUUUCCAGCAACCUAGUUAGAUUUCCACCUGACAACCAGAGCAAGAGAGGGGCUUCAUGGAGUAUCCUGUCAUAUUAUAUUAAAGACUGGGACAUGUUAGUUAAUUUUAAAGUACAUGGAGAGAGUGAUACAUUAUUUCAAGGUGGAUGUGCAUUUUGGUAUUCCACAAGGAGGAUGCAAGAAGGUAAUUUAAUUGGAGUAUUCUCUUACAACUACAGUAAUCACAAUGGUGAACACCGGAAUGGUAACCUCUAUAUUUCCGUAAUGGUUGGAAAUGGAUCUUGUGGAACACAUGUGGCUGGCUGCUCACAAAGUUUUCUUGGAAGAGGUCAUGUUAACUAUGUACUGAUCUGUUAUUCUGGAACACAGAAUUAUCUGACAAUACAGGUGGACGUAGCAAACAAGAACGAGUGGAAGGUUUGCUUUGAUGUAGUUGGUAGGGAGCUGCCAACAAGAUUGUAUUUUGGAAAAACAGUAGACAACAACGAAAUCAAGUACGUCAACAAAAUGAUCAGAAUACUGUUGUCUGAUAAGUUGUCUGAAGGGGUUGACGAAGAUCGAACCAAAAUAGGGUCUGUUUGUCCUGCAACUUAUGUCGAUCGAAUUGUAGGGGGUGAUAGCGAUCGAAUCCGAGCACUAGAGCCUUAUCAUCCUUCAAACUAUGCCUUAUUAAUGAAAGUUGAGAUCGGCCAGAACGGAAACGAGAUUGGUAAUAUAAAAAUCAUAACUAACCUAUUGGCAGAAUAUUAUUCACAUCUGAAGGGGUAUCUUAAGAGAAAAUUGCCUUAG